UAGGUAGGGCUGCUGGGUCCAUGCAUGGAGCAUUGAAGGCAAAAGCAUUGAAAGAACAGACUUGAAGUUGUCAAGACGUGGAACCAGUCUUGAUCAUCCUUGUGGUUUGAAUUUCGAUCGACCUCCAGUCCAGAGCUAGCCAGCCAGCCCACGAGUGCACCCCGAGAACCAGUGCAACGGAUCCAGCAUGGAAAUUGGAAAGACAUUGUUGACUCAUGAAGACGAGUUUAGUUUGAGUGAUUCGGUCGUCAAGAAGAAACAAAGGGAUCAAUGGGGAAAGAAAUGGUUGGCCUAUCAGUUCCAUUAUGCUACUAGUCGCGAAUCUUCAGCCGCCGAUGGCUCAACAUGCGCUCACAGAGACCCGCCAUCCGGAGUCCAGCGACCUUUGCCUUGUUAGCUUUUGACUUUUUGUUGGGGAUUCGGCUGUGGAGUGGUGGUGCUCUGAUCCGCCCGUGAUUUGGGCUCUUUCACGGCUGCUCACGCUCUUGAACUUUUUUGUUUCUAAUUUCUCGGGAAUCAUGAAGAUCGGGUCAUCGUCGUCAUCGUCGUCGUCGUCUAUUAUUGGCUCUGCUCAGAGGAACUCUCUUUAAAGCCCAACAGCUUGUUGUCGGCCUUGAGGGCGAGCAAGAUGCAGCCCGGCGUGAACUCCAGGAAUCGGGCCUUGGCCUCGUUGAUCGCCCAGAGGGAUGCCACUGACUCGAAUGAGCGAAACGACUCAGGCUUGGAGCCUCCGGAUGUGUUCUGUGGGAUCGGGAGUCUCAUUGUUGAAGGUCGCGUUCCACAUCGGACCAAUGAGCGGGGAUUCAAAGAGGGACCCCAUGUUCCACCUCUCGGGGGAGGGCUUCGCCAGUCAUAUCCCCAUUUAUGCUCAGGCGAGGAAUACAUGUGCAAGAAAGAUGAGAACUUCCGCAAGCACAUGCUCCUCUUAUGGCAGAACAACGUUCCCGUCUGUAUUGAGUUGCUUUUGUGCUCGAAUUGUCGGAUUGGAAGGCAAAAGGCGACAUCAAUCGAAUACUCGACCAUCCCGGAACCCGGUUCCAUCCUCUUGGAGCAAUGGAUCGUGUCGGUGCAAUUUGUCAAGUCGAACGAAAGCUAUAUAACGAGUCGGGGCCUUUUUCAAGCCGUGCGUUCUUAUCUUCACUUCUCGCAAUUGUCGGCUUGGCUCAGUUCAAGUCGAGGAGAGUUCCCGAAAAAUGUCCUGUGUCGAAUCACGAUUCCGGGCGAAGCCUUUGCAAGCAAAUUCUCGGUACCCGCUGAGGAGCACAUUUUCCCACCCGCUGCGGCUGGACGUGGGUCUUCCGUCCAAGUGAGAGUCAGGUCCUUGCCCAGGACUGGAGAGAUCCCGAGGGUCAUUUGUCCUCAUGCCUUGACCUCUGGUAGUGGAUCAUCGGAUGAGUCUCCGACUACGCAAGAGGAGGCCAAGCUGCCCAUGGCUGGGUCGUUGGCCUGGAAGGAUAUCAACAAUUCGGAGAGUGAUCUCAGGCGAGCCAUAGCCAAGUCCAAGCUUGCAGAAUGUUCGGUUAUCCCGGGGGCAGGAUUUUUGCCUCGCUCGGAUUCCAUGGACUCCAUGUUGGGUGAAAGCUUGCUGGAUCCGCCGCAGUCAUUUCAGAAAUUUCCUCCUAGGAAAUAUCAGUCUCCUUCCCGAUGCGGCUCGCCAAGUCUGGAGACUCCGGAGCACCUCUUGUUUGGGAACAAACGCGAUGCUCGGAGACGGCCUAGCUUUCAAAAUGACUUGCCCGAUCCUCAUAGUUAUCAUCCUCAAGGUCAGCCCGAGCGCUGUGCCCGGCAAGAUCAUCUUCGACGCCGGGAUAUGAACCUGUACCUUAGUCUUCACCCACGUGUGCUUCAUCCCGGGACCACGGGCGAUAGUCCUCGAUUGUCAUUGCUGCCGCGAGGAGUGGAUCCAAGGGCCAAAGGACCGACACUGCCCGCACCGGAAAGUGAGCCUUUCAGGGCAUUCUCCAAUCUCUUACCGAGGGCCUCGAAUCCGGUGGUAAAUGAUCGGAUGCCCAUUCGUUGCAAUAUCCAAGGGAAACACGUUUGCUCAGCCGAGGAUGACGAUCAUGAUGGUUCGGGAAUCAAUUUGGCCCAAUGCUCAAAUGCGGUAUGGACCCAUGAGUAUGUACUAAGCAAGGAUCAUCUACAACUUGACAGGGAGAUCGAACCAGAGAAUCCUACUCCAAGUGCUUUGACCAAAUCGCCGUUCGGGAGUCGAAAAUCGUCCUUGAAAGACGAAGAUUCCGAGCAGCUGGCCAAGAUCUUGAAGAAGAGGUCCUCGUUGCACGACAUCUUUGACGACGGAACAGGGUCUCGUCUACCUUACAUUCAACCUAGUCCGGUGACCACCGUGUACAGAGCUGAAACGGACCUCGCUCAGAAGCCGAUUCCAAUCGUCCCUCAGAGCGACAAACCUCCAGAGGCUCGGGAGUUGAACAAGUCCGAGAUCCUCCUUGGUGCUAUUCUUCGGACAAGUGAGCGGAACCGCUUGGAAUCCUCUCCGAAGAUGGUUCGACCCAGGUCCAGGGCCAGUCCUGAACGUGUUGCCAAGACCAUGGUUCACAAGGCCGAGGUUCACGAGCCUCCUCGACGUAAGAAUGAAGGGAUUAACUUGCCUCAACCCACGUUGCAGCAAUUGGGAACAAGAUUGAAGGCCACUCUGAACCUCAAUAUGAAUGGGUCCAAAACGGGACCAAGGACGAGGAGCUACUCGGACAACAUCUACGCCAUAGAGCCUGAUGAGAGUUCCAAUCAGCAUUUGGAACCAUUGGAUCUCUCCUUUGACCACGAUAUCUCGCCAUAUUCGAACUCAAUGGCCAAUAGUCCACCGGACGACGAUCUGGAUUUUGAACUGGCUGAACAGGAGAACGUCGAAAACGUGGAAAGUAAUGUCAGCAACGGAGGCGUGCCCAGCUCCAAUGAGAUGAAUUACUUCCGAAAAUCGCUGGAUUCGGCAGCGUCCAUGGUAUUUCACGGCCGAACGGGCCUCCCUCUGACCUCAUCCCCAGCACCGCUGCGAAAAGGCAUGGGCAAAUUCGAGUACGACUCCACCAUCAACUCUCCUCACGACAUCCAAAGGGCAUUCUACUCCUCCGAGAAAGUACAAAUCAAAUCCUUGAACUCCUCGCAAAAUGGCUGUCCCACUGCCAGAAGCGGACGUCGGAACAACUCUCAGGUCACUCGGAAGCAUCCUUUGUCAGUCUCAGCUCCAGCCACUGUCACCUCAUCCAACCUCUUGGGCAAUUUUGAAGAGUCCGUUCUCAACGGACGUCUCGAGCCCGUAUCCACCGUUGCUGGGUUCACGGCCGAGAUCGGCGCUUCCGGAAGUUUCCACCCUAAACACAAAACCCUUCCCGUGACGGUAUUCUUCUACACGCUGUGCGAUAGCAAUUCCGUCUCGUCUCCUUAUUUAGGUCAUAUCAAUCUGGGCAAGAAGGGCUACCGCGUUCCAGAGAAAGGCACCAUCCAGGUGACCCUGUUUAAUCCUCUUGGAACGGUGGUGAAGAUGUUCGUUGUAAUGUACGAUCUGUCGGAUAUGCCUCCAAACUCGCAGACGUUUCUACGACAGCGCACCUUGUACAUGCCUUCGGAUUGCUCGGCCAAGGAUUACGAGUCGGAUUCGCAAAAGUGGUUACGCUAUCUCGUUCAUCUACGGUUCUCGAGUUCAAAGUCCGGCAAGAUUUACCUUCACACGGAUAUUCGUAUGAUCAUCUUCCGGAAGUCCGACUUGGACACCGCCUCAGAUCACGCCCCUGGGAAAGGGUUCGAGUUGAGGUCCUUCACCCGCGGACCUCAAAACCCCAAGUUUUCAUUUCGCAAAUGAGAACGUGUCAGUAAAAUUCAUUCUUCAACCAGAAAUCAAUGCCAGUCCGGCAGACGUAAAAAAGGAUCUACGCUAAUAAUAUUGAUGAUACUACUACUAUUAUUUUUUCGAUGAUUCUUGCAAGGACUGCUGAUGUGAUGAAGGCCAGAUCGUAUGAAGAGGCCUGAUAGUCAGUGCAGAACAAAUCAAGGAUGUCUCUCGUCAGCCAAUCAAAGGAAAACCGUUUUAGUCAGGCUGAUCACACCGACUGAUGAGUGUUCUACUUCAAACUUAUGCCACGCGUAUCACCCCAAUUGUCUUAGGGAUCAGAACCAGGGAUGGAAUGGCCUACCUUGGGACUGAGCCCAAUUUUCGUCUGUGUGUCUUUCACUUCUCCUCGGUUUGCUCUCAAGAAUCGUCCGGCGUAAGCCUUGAAAAACAAAAUCAGAACUAUAUAUUGAAAAGAAAAGAAACACUUGAGCAUUCUGGGAUACGUUAUGAUAUCAGUGUAGAAAGCAAAUUUAUGAAAAUCGGGCCUCCUCAAGGUUACCGACUUGAGCCACGAUUAACAUCCGCAACAGACAUGAUCAUUGAACUACGAAAACAAAUUGGACCCAGUGAUUUUUGUUACACCCUCAAAUCUGUAAAUAUCAAAUUGGAAAACAUUCGGCUUUUUGAUUCGGGCGUGCAUGGAUAUCCAGAAUCUAUUCAGUGAUCCAAAUCCUAAAAGACUAUUAUUCUAUUUUGAGAAGAAACUUCAGCCACUCAUGAUGUAAAAUGAUACCGAGUGUGUGUGAGUGUAUAAAUCCUUAUUGAUCAAUUCCAUUGCGAGCUCUAUACAUUAUAGAUUGAAUAAUAAAUGCCACUACAUCUUC